UCGACCCUGACCUGAACUAUUAACCGCAGAAAUCACCAAGCUAACGAACGCGCGUUCUUCUCCCGAGACGGAGCAUUUGUUUUUCCACCCUGACCUCGUGGGCAAAGACAUGCGAGACGAGGCCGUCAUCCAGGCAGCUCGAGAGACCCUCAUCGCGCCCGCCCGAGAGGGUCCUUACUACCUUGACAACCCGCGCCAGAAGUUCUACUCCCAGGACGGCCAAGACAAAUAUGUCAAGAAGAUUUUCAGGGAUAUGAAAGGAUGCUUCUUCUUCGAAGUAGGAGCGUUGACGGGAGAGAGCUUAUCUAACACACUGUACCUUGAACGGAACCUCGGCUGGACGGGCGUUCUGAUGGAGCCCACGCCCGUCAGCUACCACGUCCUCAAGAACAAGAACAGAAGAUCGCACAUCAUGCGGGCGUGCCUCGCUCCCGACACCAGCAACAGGGAACCUGUUUAUGAGUUCGUGAUUCACACUAGCAUGCACGCUUUCUUCCUUAUAAAAUUCGGGGUCCGCCUAGACUUCUGCCCAGGAGUCGCUACACUCGACUUUCAAGUUUUUAUGUGUCUUCUUGGCCACCAGAUCGAAACCAGCUUUUGGUCAGAAUAUCCUUCUUGACUUAUUAUAUAAAAGUCGGUAAGGAUAUAAGUCGCCUGAUAUUAGGAGAAAUGUUAGCUGA